GAGAGAAACGAUUAACCUUGCUGCCUGAGCGGAAGUCGCUUACUCCACAGCUAGCUUUCGGUCGGUUCUUAGUCCUUUACUCUCCUUCCUUACUGGCUUGUGAGCAGUUGUAGGCAACGCUGAGCAGCUUUGUGCCGUCAGACUUGGACCUCGCUGUCGCUGGAACCUCGGUUCUGUUUUCUGGCUGCCCUACUGAGACGUCACCAUGUCUUCCCACAAGACUUUCAGAAUCAAGAGGUUCCUUGCAAAGAAGCAGAAGCAAAAUCGUCCGAUUCCUCAGUGGAUUCGCAUGAAAACUGGCAAUAAGAUCAGGUACAACUCCAAGAGGAGACACUGGAGAAGAACCAAGCUGGGCUUAUAAAGAACUGCCACCAUGGUCGCUUAGAUUCAUUCUUUCCUAGUCGGAAACACCUUGCCAUACUACCACCCUGAUUUUGAAAAUUCCAAAGGUGCAGACAUAAAGAAACUUCUUAUUCAGA